CUAAGGGUCCUUUGGUUUGGUUUUCGACUUUGAGUUUUUCGACGGCAUUCAGUUGUGAGAAGUGAUAAACGAACGCGACAUGCGUUAAAGAGAUCGUGCAUACUCAUUUCAAUUCGUUCGGUUUAAUCUUUUAAAUUAUUUCGUUAAUUCAUUUUUCAAAGGAUGUUGAGUCGGAAUAUGGGAUUUUUGGACUGUGGAAAGGUUUAACAAAAACCUCACAGAUUUAUUUGCUUAUAGCAAAGAAUGGUGGGUUAUUAUCAAAUAAAACAAAUUACAAAUUCCACAACGAUGUCGGUCAAGAAUGAAAUAUCGACUGUGGAACCAGUAGAUCCUGUGAAAAGUCUCGUAUGUAGUCCGGAUUUAAGUGUAUUCACUUCACCGGCAUGUGGUUCUGAAACAUUAACAAAUAUUGAAGAGAAGACAUACCAGUGUUUGCUGUGUCAGAAAGCCUUUGAUCAAAAGAAUUUAUAUCAGAGCCAUUUGCGCUCACACGGUAAAGAAGGUGACGAUCCAUACCGAUGCAAUAUUUGCGGGAAAACUUUUGCGGUACCUGCGCGACUGACUAGACAUUAUCGUACACACACUGGUGAAAAACCGUAUCAAUGCGAAUAUUGUAGUAAAUCGUUUUCCGUAAAAGAGAAUUUAAGCGUUCAUCGUCGUAUACAUACAAAAGAACGGCCUUACAAGUGUGACGUGUGCGAACGCGCGUUUGAACAUAGUGGUAAACUACAUCGGCAUAUGCGAAUUCACACCGGAGAACGGCCUCAUAAGUGUACUGUCUGUUCAAAAACGUUCAUUCAAAGCGGACAAUUAGUAAUUCAUAUGCGCACGCAUACCGGAGAAAAACCAUACGUUUGCAAAGCAUGUGGCAAGGGAUUCACUUGCUCAAAGCAAUUGAAGGUACAUACGCGUACGCAUACCGGAGAGAAACCAUAUACUUGUGACAUUUGCGGGAAAUCCUUUGGUUAUAAUCAUGUAUUAAAGUUACAUCAGGUUGCCCAUUAUGGUGAAAAAGUUUAUAAGUGUACAUUAUGUCAUGAAACUUUUGGUUCAAAGAAAACAAUGGAGUUACAUAUUAAAACUCAUUCAGAUUCAUCAGUUGUUGGUUCUCCUCGGGAUUCGCCAAUUGAGCCAGAAAUUGAAAUCUCACAGAAUAGUGUAAGCACUGGCAGUGACAAGGAAAAUCACAAGACUGAAGAGCCAAACGAUGAAGUUGCUACUUACGAUAACACUCCACGUGAUUUUCCUUAUUAUAUGUAUUCCAGAGAGCAGUAUUCACAAUCACAUCUCAUAUCUAGUGAAAAUAGAGACUUUCAAACAACACCUACUGUCUCUGUUGAACAGCCUCAUUUAUUUUUGUAUCCAGAAGUUUCUUCAACAUAUACUGGUUUUGGAAUUCAAAGUACUGAUUUUGUUGGUGAUUGUUCAUCUCUUCUCAAUUUGCCAGGAAAUGAUGCUCGUAGAAGAGUUGAGGCUGCGCUGGAAGCAGUUGAAGAAGAAAGGCAAAGAGAAUAUGGAAUCAGAGUUGAAAGAGAUCCAAUUCUAACUCCUCCAAGUAGCAAUCCUGUGAGUCCUGUACCUUCGCCAGAUCCUCUUGAUUUGGCAAUUCCUGUACGAGAAACAUUAAUUCUCCCUCCAAGAAAACGGUGUAAAAUGAUAUUAGAAUCCAUGGAAAUUGAAAGGAAUGGUCUUAUUGCCUCUCAAAGACAGAACUCUGUUAUUCAAUUUGCAAAAGCAUCAUAGUAGAAGAUAUGGAAGAAAUUAAUUAUUAUGAACCAGUGAUAAUGUCAUAAAUGGUGAGACAUAAUGUUCAUGAAAAAAUAUAAAAAUUUAAGUAUAAUUAAUGGAAGAUAUAGUGAGAUUAUCAUUUUCGAUCAAGUAUCAAAGUUAU